AUGGGUACUUCUCCUUGUGAGGCUGAGCUUCAGGAAUUAAUGGAACAAAUUGACAUCAUGGUAAACAACAAAAAAUUGGAUUGGGAAAGGAAGAUGCGGGCUCUGGAGACACGAUUAGAUCUUCGGGAUCAAGAGUUGGCAAAUGCACAAACUUGUUUAGAACAGAAAGGUCAAGAGGUGGGGUUACUUAGACAGAAGUUGGACAGUUUGGAAAAAUGUAACUUAGCAAUGACUCAGAAUUACGAAGGACAACUACAAACCCUAAAAGCUCAAUUCUCCAAACUAACUAAUAGCUUUGAAAAACUGAGAUUACACCAGAUGAAACAAAAUAAAUUUCGACAAAAAGAAGUACCACACGUCAAAGAAGAAAUACCCUUUGAAAUGAGCAAUUUGAACCAGAAAUUAGAGGAAUUUAGAGCAAAGUCAAGAGAAUGGGACAAGCAGGAGAUUCUAUAUCAGACUCAUCUGGUUUCUUUAGAUGCUCAACAAAAAGUAUUAUCUGAGAAGUGUAAUCAAUUUCAGAAACAGGCGCAGAAUUACCAAACUCCACUAAAUAGUGAAAAACAGGGCAUAGAAGACAGCAGCUCUGAAAUUCCUUGGAUAUGCGAACCAGAUACCAGUUGUGAAACCAAUGAAAGAGAUGAGUUCAUUAUUGAAAAAUUAAAAUCAGCUGUGAGUGAAAUAGCGUUAAGCAGGAAUAAGUUACAAGAUGAAAAUCAGAAGCUCUUACAAGAACUGAAAAUGUACCAAAGACAGUGCCAGACCAUGGAAGCAGGACUCUCAGAGGUGAAAAGUGAGUUACAGUCACGUGAUGAUCUCUUGAGAAUUAUAGAAAUGGAACGAUUGCAGUUGCACAGAGAAUUAUUAAAAGUAGGAGAGUGCCAAAGUGCUCCAGAAAAUAAAAAAAGACUUGAAUCAUCUUAUUCACCAUGUAUUAAAGAAUCAGAAAAACAACGGAAAGAGCUGUUUGCAGUGACCCCAGAUCAACCAAAUCAUGAAAAAGAAUUGAACAAGAUAAGAAGCCAACUCUAUCAGGAGGAAGAGUACCAUAGCUCUGAGCAGGAAAGAAUGAGGAAUGAAAUCUCUGACCUAACAGAGGAGCUUCAUCAGAAGGAGAUCACUAUAGCAACUAUCAUGAAGAAAGCUGCCUUUCUGGAAAGACAGCUAAAAAUGGAGUUAGAAAUAAAAGAGAAGAUGUUAGCGAAACAACAGGUCUCAGAUAUGAGAUAUAAAGCUGUCAGAACUGAAAACACACACCUGAAAGGCAUGAUGGGAGAUUUAGACCCUGGACGGUACAUGAGUAUGAACUUCACUAACAGGGAAAACGCAAGGCAUACAUCUAUUAACAAACUGGAAUAUGAGAAUGAAAGGCUCCGAAAUGACCUUGCAAAACUUCAUGCCAGUGGAAAAUCAGCAUGGGCUAACCAAAAUACCUACGAAGAAACAGGAAGGUAUGCCUAUCAGAGCCAAAAAAAUAAGGGAAAAAAUGAAGAUUGAUUUAGCCACGAUCGUGAGCCAAACAAAAGUGCAACACCUUCGUUGCCACCUUUGCCGUUUCAAACCAAAGAAAUGACAAGUCCUUUGGUUAGUGAUGAUGAAGUAUUCCCAAUGUCGCCCCCAGAUAUAGCCUUCCCAGCUUCUUUGGCUGCACAGCAUUUCCUUCUGGAGGAGGAGAAGCGAGCAAAAGAACUUGAAAAACUUCUGAAUACACAUAUUGAUGAACUGCAAAGACACACAGAAUUUACUCUGAAUAAAUACACCAAGCUAAAACAAAACAGACACAUAUGA